AUGCGCCGUCGAUUAAACGACGGUGAGCCUGGCCGUUUAACAGCCACCGCUCUUCUUUUCAUUGGUUCGAUCUCUUGUCUCAUUGUUUACGCUGUUUUCUCUACUAUCCUCCGUCCUCAAGAUCGUAGUCUCGAUUCCUCCGUACGAUUCGAGGACUCGUUAGAUCACGGCCGUGUAACAACGUCGGAAGCGAAGGAUAACGGUGGUGGGUGUUGCCGUGGUGUCGAAAAUCUGGAGCUUUGGGGUCCGGCGGUGAAGUGGGGGACGGAUUUUAAGUUUAAUUCGUCGGAGGAAUGUUGUAAGGCCUGUAAAGUUAUGUGUAGCGGAAACGAUGGACCUUGCUUGUGUGAUUCAUGGGUGUUUUGUGGGAACAAAGAAGCUUGUGGGUCCAAGUUUGGAGAGUGUUGGUUGAAGAAGCAGAAAGAUGUAUUGGUGCCUGAUCGGCAGGAAGGUGGGCAGAGAGUAAUGUGGACAUCUGGGCUUAUCUUCGGACAAGGCGAGGGGAUUGUUGGUUUUGAGACGGAACAUGGUGUACUUCAUGUCAAACUACACCCUGAGUGCGCACCUCACUCAGUAUACUACAUUCUUAGUUUGUUAACGCUACGACACUGCGCAGGUUGCCAAUUUCAUCGUGCAGAGAACCGGGGAUCGUAUUGGGACCCAGAAGGCAAUCAUGUAAACGAUGCUCCUUAUGGACCACCAUACGCCAUGAUUCAAGGAAUGCUCAAUCCUGAGGGAAACCCGUUCACGCCAAUCCCAACCGAGCACUGCCCAACCAUAAGCCGUGGCUCGGUGGCAUGGGUCGGCUCGGGUCCAGAAUUCUUCAUCAGUCUAGCAAACCACCACGAAUGGAAACAAUCUUACACUGUCUUCGGCUCUGUUCUGCAAGAAGACAUGGAAAUUGCAGAGAAAAUUGCCAAUUUACCAACCAGACCUGAUAUCUGGAGCAGCAUUAAUGUCACAGUGUUAGAGAAGCCGGUCUCAUUAACCAUACGGAGAAUGAAAACGAAUCAAGAACAAGAAGAAACUGGUUCGUAA